CGGGGGUUGGAGGGAAAGAUCGGCCCCUUCCGGUUACGUAAGCCCGGCAAGAUGGCGGCGCCCAGGGCGUUCCCACGCCUGGUACCUCCAAAAUGGAACGGGGGUAGGAGAGGCUUCCGUGAUCUGAGUGGAGUGGUGACCCCAGAGGGCAAUCAGAGGAAGAGAAGGACGCUGCUGCAGUUCCUGUCUGACCAUUUCUACGAUGUGGAGUUUCUCAGGGAAUACUUGCUCCGGAAGCAGAUGCAGAAGGUGCACCUGGAAAAUGGAUCCUACGUUCGCGUCCAGGACACACAUGGCCCAGAUAUUGCAGGAGCCUACUUCAUCCUGAGGCAUGGAGGAGCAGUCAAGUUUCGAGAUAAGGAGUGGGUCAGGUCAGAUGGGUGGAAGCGUUUCAUUGCUGAGGUCUCCAAGUUCCAGGCGGUGCCCGUGGAGGCCAUCGAUGCCAGCGGCUGUGCCAUCAACUACCAUGGCCUAGGCAACCUCUUGUCCCUGAAGGAGCUCCAGUCCCUGUCACUGCAGCGCUGUCCUCAUGUGGAUGACUGGUGCCUCAGUCGCCUCUACCCGCUGGGCGGCUCGCUGCAGGAGCUCUCGCUGGCCGGCUGCCCCCGGAUCACGGAACGGGGCCUCGCCUGCCUCCACCACCUCCCAAACCUCCGCAGACUGGACAUCUCCGACCUCCCCGCCGUGGACUUCCCAGGCCUCACGCAGAUCCUGGUGGAGGAGAUGCUGCCCAACUGUGAGGUUGUGGGGACUGACUGGGCCCAGGGCCUGAGGCAGGGGCCAGAGCAGCAGCCUCAGCACACAGCUGGCCCCGCCCCUGCCCAGCCUCUGGCCCGAGAGUCGCGGCGACCCCUGUGGAGUGUCUGAUGGCUGCCUACUCUUUGCCUUCCGAGGUGGGGUUCAUUCAGCAUUGGUCUUGGGGGCUGGGACAGCAUGAGGCUUGGGGGCUGGACAGCGAAGGACAGCAUGAGGCUGGGGUCUUAACUGCUGGCUGCCCAUGGCUGGCAGCCCUCUCCAUACCCCUCGUCCCCUGCCUCUGGAGCUGUCUGUCGGUGGGACAAGGAGCUGCACUCCCCUCCAUGCUUCUCCACACCGUCCAAGAUCCCAGGGACCCCGACAGACCCGAGGUGCUGCUGGCACUUCGCAGCAGCGGCUUCUCCCCGUGCAGGAGUGGCCAGCUCACUUCCACCUGUCCUCCAUCUUUCGCCCUUGCUCUCUAAAUGCCAGUAGCACCCCAACUCCCAUGGUGUGGCCGGUUACUGAUUUAUUAGAUUUCACUUUCAAAUUCAACAUUUUUCUGCUGCUCUCUGGAAACAGAGCUGGGGCUUUGGACUUACUUCCUUUGCCAGCCAAGGAUGCUGGGGACCUAUGCCAGGACAAAGGCGUUGUGCUUUGUGCCCGUGCACCCUAGCUUCCCCAGGUUUGGGCUCCAGGGCAUGUGGCUUCCCCAGCACAGGUCCUGGAGAGGCUCGUGGUCCCAUGGCCCCUGCAUGAGGCUCCCCAGCAACCCAGCUGGAUUUCCAGCCACUUCUGAGGCAUUUACCAAUAAACUCUUGGGAUUCUAGUCCACUGUUGAAUAACCCUCUAUAUUAAAAUUUCCGUUGCAUUAC